AAUGAAAACACGCGAACUUAUGGAACUAUCGGUGACACUGAGUUGAAUGACUUGAAGAAAAUACACGAAACAUAACCGAAUUUAUUUCGACCGCACAUGCACGAUACGAAAUAACGAAGACAUAUUUUUAAACGAAAAACGAGAUAACGGCCGCACGCACGCACCGGACGGUUAUCACACAACAGCAAGCUGCUGUCAACCGCACCGCGGUGUCGCACGAUACGAACCGAUAUCUCAACACGAAAAUGGACGAACGAAAACCCCGCCAAACGAAUAUAAUACAAAUUGCCAUGUUGGCGACAACAAGUUAGUUUAUUUAGUCAUGGGCCAUGGCCUCAUGGGAACUCAUUUUAUAAAAUAUAAACAUAAAAUUUUAUUUACUUUUUUAUAUAUUCUGUGAUAAAUGAUAAUUAAUAUCAUAACAUUCGUAGCAGUUGUAGUUCACCGCACAAUCUAAUAUCGUUGUAGUUGAUAUUCGUAACAAUUGACAUUCGAGAUAGUUGUAUACGUAGUAUUGAUAAUGAAAUAUCGGUGUAGUAUAAUGUCGUUGCAGUAGUAGUACGUAGCAGUGGUGUCAUCUCCAAUAUACUGCCAUGUGUGUCUAUUAUCAAAUACAUAUAAAGCUAGAUAGCGCUGCGUUCUACCUAUUUAUUAUUUUAGACAAAAAUAGUCCAAGUGAUAGCAAAUAAGUAAAUAUUCAAUAAUAUUUAUUAUAUUAUAAUACUAUUACCUAUUAUAAAUUAUAAUAUAUUACCCGUGUCCCGUAAGGCGUACAGUAAAUAAUUAUAAAUAGGUACUUAUUAUACUAUAGACUAUAAUAGUACAUUAUUACUAUUAAAAUGCCGAGCUGCGCUAUUUGUGGUAGAAGCAGAAAUAAAAAAACUAAAGAGGAGCAUAUUACAUUUCACAGGCUUCCUCAAUCUACUAUGGUUCAAGCACAAUGGUUAACAUUUGCCAGGGAAAAUGGAAUCCAUGAGAGCUUAUUGAAGCCUUCUGUUAGUUUAUUUUGUUCAGCCCACUUCACUGCUUCUUGUUUCGAGAGAUAUACUAAUACCACACAUUUAAAAUUGAAUGCUGUUCCAACAAUUAUGAUCAAAAGAGUAAAAUGUGCUAAAAUUCUCUACCCAGAAAUUAAGAUACCUAUUUGCAUCAACGAACCUCUAUGUAUCCAAAGUAGUAGCUCAACACUAACUUGCAGCGAUUUGACAGAUCAUCCUAUUUCUGAAGAAACUACAGGAUCUAGUGAAUGUAGUUCUCCAACAGUUGUUCAAGUUUUUAAAAGAUCUGCCAAACAAAUUACAACAUUUGAAAAGCACAACUCUCCAGAAUCUCUAACCUGUGACUCCACUUUAUUGAAUGCUGUUAUUUCAAAGGAAUCUAGUAAAAUGAUGAUUGAUGAAAUGUGUAAGCCCGUUAUAAAUGACUCACCAAAUCGUCUUAGACUCAAGAGAACUGUAUCAUCGUUGGCAAAUAUUAAUAUAUUGAAGUCAAAAAAGAUUAAACUGCUCAAUCAAAAAGUGAAACGUCAAGGCAAAAAAAUAGCUUCAAUGAAACGAGUGAUCGAGACUUUGAAAAAAAAUAACCUUGUCAAUUAUGACACAAGUGAAUUGUUGUCUUCCAGUUUUGAUUUUGAUCGUCUGGAACGAUCCUAGAUGUCUUGAGGAUAUCAAAUUUGUUUAACAAGAAAUAUUGUUGAUUAUAAGAUCAACAAGCAGACAAAAGUUAAUAGCAUGGAGUAAUAAUAAUCUUGUUAUUACUCUAUGGCUAUUAUUU